GUGUAACCCCAAAUCAACCUCACUUCCUCCAACUUCCUGCGGCUAAAAGUAAACCAUCACACCAGGGUGCACAGCAAAAGAGGUGAAUUGUGAUGCCAUUGCCCAUCAUACUGUAGUACACAAGAUGCACAGCUUGAUUGGAACCGAAAUUCACUCGGUUAUAUUUGGUACAGUUCUCUAAAAGAUGGUCAUCUCUUAUCCAUCUUGGGGGUAUUGUGUCAGCCAAUCCUUUAUAAGGACAAUGUCAAGAUACAGAUCAACUCAAUUUGGAAGGGUGAAUGUGUUUAGUAGUUCAAGAAGGUUAUUAAGCUGUUGAUUAGCAUUCAAAGAACUCACCAAAGGCGCUCGAGCCCUUUCUAAGAAUGAUAUAGUCUUCUCGACCCCUCCGAGUAUCUUCCCUUCAACUUCUCAACACAAAUCAGAACUAUUCUACUUCAUACGUUGCCCAUUUUAUACUACUUCAACUACUCAGCUUCCGGAACUACUUAUUCAACUUUCUACAGAAUCAAGAGAAUCCAACAAAGUUGUAAAGAUAAUUCAAUCAUUCAAAGUUAUUAAUAUCAUUCAAUUACAUCCAGAUAUCACCACAAUUCAAUCAUUCCAGAGAUAUCGCCAUCAUUGAGUCAUUUACACAGUCUCAAAAUUCACUAUGGCAUUAUCAGUUAAUCGCAUGUGGACAUGGAUCUUUAUAGCUCAGAUACUUAAAAACGCCCUUCCCUUUGCCUUUUCAAAAAACAUCAAUCAAUUCAUAAAAAAUAUACCUCUCACCGAAAUCUUUCUAGCAAUCUCGAUAUACAACAUGGCCAACAACGAAACAACAGUAAUCGGAACGAUCGUAUUUUCUAUCUGCCUUGCUUUCAAUAAGAUGGUGGAAAACCUCACUCCUAGCGAUACUGAGAAGCUCUUUCAACAAAUUCAAAAAGUUCCUCGCCCAAUUUGGGAGUCUAUGUUAAUGUUAAUACUAUUCGGCCUUGUUAUUCAUUAUGUUUUCGGCAUCUUUGGCGCAAUUUGUGUAUUUCUUCGGGAUUCUUUUAUCGGUAUCAUAAAUGCACUUAUUGAGCCGAUUUCCGUCAGUACUAUUUUAUCGAAAGCCUUCGACGCAGUCAAGAUUGUUUUAUCGAAAGCCUUCGACCCAGUCAAGAUUGUUUUAUCGAAAGCCCUCGACACGGUACGCGAGAUUGCAAAAUAUGCUUGCAUUAGUAUACUUAUUCUACUUGUUCUACUUAUUUUUGGAUUAGUUGUUCUAUCAAAUUUUACAACAAUCGAUGUCGGCCAAAUCAUUAUGGAUAUAUUAUAUUCCUAUUUCGCGCCUUUCAAGACUCGAGAUUUGAUAGAUUAUCAUUGACCUUGGCAUAUGUAAUACGAUUAGUCUCAUUGGGAAGGAAUUGCGAAGGAAACA